GCCAGCAGCACACACACACACACUGGGAACGAGUAAAAAAAAAGAAGAAGCUUGAGAGCGAAAACGGAGAGCGGGAGUCUCUUCCCUCUGUGUGUGUGUGUGGUUAUCUGGGAGAUAGGUGAAGAUUCCACACACGCCCUGUUAGGCUUCCAGCCUCCACCCAGAGCAGCAGGACAAGGAGAGAGGACGAGGAAGAGAGACAAGAGAGGAGUGUACCAGGCUGUCACAGUCAGAGACACAAGGACAGACAGAGCCAUGCCUCUGUGGAGCAGUGCAGCAGCAGCAGCAGCAGCAGCAGCAGCAGCGGGUUGCCAGGCUGCCUCGCCUGUGUGAGGAGAGCAAGACUGGGUUUGCCUUUUUUUUGGGACUAUAGUGAACAAGGACAAGACGAGGGAAGGAAGGAGACAGCCGGAGAGAUCUCGUGCCAUGACUGGGAACAGGAGGAGGGAGCAGGCUCGCUGAAAUCAUGGACCAGGCGAGGGGCCGGAGGGAUGGUGUCUCCUCAGGUGGUGACAACCCUCGGCCGCCGAUGGCGACCCGGCCGGGAAGGGAGGGGGUCAGCUUGGGCUGGAAGGGUCCCCGGACGCUGGUUCUCCAUAAGAACUCCCAGGGUUUCGGGUUCACGCUACGCCACUUCAUCGUUUACCCUCCAGAGUCUGCCCUGCACACCAACCUCAAGGAUGAGGAGAACGGUAAUGGAAAGGGGUACCAGAAAGGUCGACUGGAGCCGAUGGACACCAUAUUUGUGAAGAAUGUGAGGGAAAAGGGUCCCGCCCAUCAGGCGGGCCUGUGCACAGGGGAUCGUCUGGUGAAAGUGAACGGCGAGAGUGUUUUAGGGAAGACGUACUCGCAGGUGAUUGCCCUCAUUCAGAACAGUGAGAGUGUGCUGGAGCUGUCCAUAAUGCCCAAAGAUGAAGACGUGCUUCAGUUGGUAAGUGCGUACUCCCACGAUGCCUACCUGACAGGCAACGAACCCUUCUCAGGGGGAGCUGAGAACCUCCCACCACCACCUCCCCUCUGCUACCCACGCACCAAGUCUACGCCCCCGUCUGGAGGCCCUCUAUCUGCAGGCAUGGGCCAGAACCAGCUGGAUAACUGGAGUCGCUGGCCAGGCUCUUCCAGCCCCUCUUCACCCCUUGACAACCACUCCGCUGUGGGCAGCCCCGCCAGCUGGCAGGAGGGGCGUGCAGGAGAGCCAGGAGGUGUAGGUCACAGCAGUCCAGCCCACCGCACAGAGGAGAUCCAGUAUGGUAUGACCAGCAAGCAACCUCAGGGCCAGACCAGGGGACGCUCCUACUCUUCCUCCUCGUCAUCAGGCGGCCCCUUGUCCAGCCCGCUUCAAGUCCACUAUCCCAACCACCAAGCUGUCAGUCCCCCUCAGGCUCCCCCACGAAAGUCCAGCUCAGCCUGGACCAGUCCUCCCCCGCCCCAGCUCAGCCACAGCCGCGACAACCGCUGCCAGCAGGCCCUCUCAGACUGGUACUACAGCCAGCAGCCUGAACACUCAGGACGCUGCAUGCAGACACGACACCGCAGCUACUCUCAGGACCGACUCAGUGACAGGAGGCAGCAGCAGCAGCAGCAGCGGACGGGUGGCUGGCCUCACAGCGCCUCCCAGGACACUCUGCUGUUAUUGCAGCAGUCAGGACCAGGACCACAUGGAGAGCCCUGCUGGUCAUAUGGAGACUGGGAUGUGGGCCCAGGGCGAGGACACUCGUCGUCUAAUUAUACCCGAACUCGUUCUGAAAACCUUCUGGCCCAGUACGAUCGCCAUGGCCGCUCGUUAGAGAUGCUGGACCGAGCAGCCGCUGAACUGGUCCCGUCUCGGUUUGAGCGGCCUUCGUGGCAACAGCCUCCACAGCCACCCCCCAGGACCGAUGCCUACCCAAGACCGGGGGGCCAUCACAGUGUAACACAAGCUUCAGUGACGCCCCGGCACACACCGUCGCAUUCUAAACACCUGCCACAGUCCCACACUCCGACCCACUCACAGCCCCAGGCCCAGCAGGCUGCCCCCCAGACCAGACGGCUUCCCUCUGGGCAGAGCAUGGACGACCAGCCUGUGGGCUACCGCAGCUACAGCCCCUCUUUUUACCGCAAGACGGGACGCAUCUUGCAGCAAGCACACUCUUUCAGGGACCCUUCAUACUCUGGCCCUCACUUGAACUGGAACCCAACUCCUAAAACCAGCCCUCCAGAGGGCACAACGCCUGCCAUCACCGCGUCUACGUCAUCUCCACUUGCCUCCGCGACUCCCGAAACCCAGGACAGAGUGUACAGGCCCACAAACCACGAGAGGGAACGGGAGUCAGUGGAGGUGCAGGCAGAGGUCACGCAGGAAGUGGUGCUGAGGCAGAAACCUCCCACCGGGCGAAGGAACGCUCACGGGAUGCGUCACCCUCACUAUGUGCUGCCCAUGGAUGGGCUAGAACCCUCUUUGUUUUCCUCUGAUCCCCAGGACUCAGCCUCCGCUCCUGGUUCCACAGGAGAUGUAGCCCCGCGCAAACCAAACGGUAACCUCGCCCCGCUCCCCAUAGAGGAUGACUCUCUGGCCUCCAUCCCCUUCAUUGAUGAGCCCACCAGCCCCGGUGCUGAUUUGCGCGCCCGCCAUGUGCCGGCGUCCUCUGUGGUGUCCAGCGGCAUGAGUUCAGCGCCCGCCGUUGUCACAAGCCCCGCCUCCCCCACCUUCACCUUUCCCCUCACUAGGCUCUUCUCACACGACUGCAGCAGUAUUAAAUCGAGUCGCCGUUCCUCCUAUCUUCUAGCCAUCACCACCGAGCGCUCCAAGUCGUGCGACGAAGGACUCAACACGUUCAGGGAGGAAGGACGCGUCUUCUCGAGGUUACCAAAGAGAGUGAAGAGCUUCUUCACAGACGGGUCACUGGAAAACCUUGGGACGGCAGAGGAGGUUCGAUCCAAACGCCAUUCCACCUCAGAGCUGGGAACCAUCGUUUACAGCGACGUACGCAGAGAGGGAUGGCUGCACUUCAAACAGAUCCUCACAGAGAAGGGCAAAAAGGUGGGCAGCGGCAUGCGUCCUUGGAAGCGAGUCUUUUCGGUGCUUCGCUCCCAUUCGCUGUUCCUCUACAAGGAUAAGAGGGAGGCGGUGCUUCGCGGGGCCACCGUCGGUGGCUCGGCAGAGGACGAGCAGCCAAUCAGCAUCCGCGGCUGCCUGGUGGACAUCGCCUAUAGCGAGACCAAACGGAAGCACGCCCUGCGACUCACCACCCAGGACUUCUGUGAGUACCUGCUGCAGGCGGAGGACCGGGAGGACAUGCUGGACUGGAUAGAGGUCAUCAGGGAGAACAGCAAGACAGACAGCGAGGAACUUGGCUUCUCCAGACAGGCCCUCAUCAAUAAGAAACUGAACGAUUACAGGAAACAAAGUCCAACAGGCAGCAAGCCCGACUCCUCUCCCAGGCUGUCCCGCAUGAAGCCUCCCUUCCUGCACGCCAAGACGGAGAACGCAGCUACAGCGCCGCGCUCCCCUAAACCAGAGGGCAAAGAAGAGAGCAGCCCGCCCAAGUCUCCGUGGGGAAUCAACAUCAUGAAGAAGUCAAAGAAGGCCGGGCCCAAAGCUUUUGGUGUGAGGCUGGAGGAAUGUCAGCCUGGUGUAAACAACAAGUUCAUCCCGUUGAUCGUGGAGAUCUGCUGUGGUCUGGUGGAGGAGAUGGGUCUGGAAUACACUGGGAUCUACAGGGUUCCCGGGAAUAACGCCAUGGUGUCGAUGCUUCAGGAGCAGCUGAACAAGGGAGUUGACAUCAACCCUGCGGAGGAGAAGUGGCAGGACCUCAACGUCGUCAGCAGUUUACUGAAAUCCUUCUUCAGGAAACUUCCUGAGCCGCUUUUUACCAAUGACAAGUACAACGACUUCAUUGAUGCCAAUCGGAUGGAAAAUGCGUCAGAGCGGUUAAAGACCAUGAAUAAAUUGAUCCGAGACCUGCCUGAUCAUUAUUACCACACACUGAAGUUCCUGGUUGGUCACCUGAAGACUGUAGCAGACAGCUCGGAUAAAAACAAGAUGGAGCCUCGUAACCUGGCGUUGGUGUUUGGUCCAACUCUGGUCCGGACGUCAGAGGACAACAUGAAAGACAUGGUCACACACAUGCCUGACCGCUACAAGAUAGUAGAGACACUCAUCCAACAUUACAUCUGGUUUUUCACUGAUGAGCUGGACAAGGAUGAAAAGACACCGGUGGACACAGAAGAUGUACAGCCUGCCCCCAACAUCGACCACCUGCUGUCCAACAUCGGCAGGACCGCUCUGCUCGGGGAGGCCUCAGACUCAACCAACAGUGACUCAGCCAAAUCAAAGGGGUCAUGGGGGUCAAAGAAGGACCUCACAGCGAAGGACUUCCUAGCUCUGUCCAUCAUGUCCGCCGUGACGGGACGCAAGCGCAGAAAGCGCCAUAACGCCCGCCGCGUGGGCAGCAGCACCGACGAUGACUCUGAGCACGAGCCGAUUAAAGCCGGGCAUCUAGGGGCCGAGGAGGAAGAGGAGGAGGAGUCGCCCGUGGGGGACACCGCUCCUCACGCGGAGGGAGAGGAGGAUGACGAUGAAGAGGAAGAAGAAGAAGAAGAAGACGAGGAAGUGGUAGAAAGUGGCGAGAAAGAGGAGGAAGAACAGGAGGUGGCUGCAGUUAUUCCCAGCGGGCCGUGCUCUAAAGAGAAAGAAGAGGCGGGCGAGAGACAGACAGCGAUCAUGCUGCAGGAGGAAGAGGCACGGGUGGCAGUAAAGGGGCCACCGUGGCGGGCACCAGAGGACGCACGCUCUAUUGUCUCUGGUUACUCCACCCUCUCCACGUUAGGGCGCAGCCUAGGCUCAGAGGGGAGGGGGGACGACGCGGACGACGAACACAGCGAGCUGGUGAGCGAGACAGACAAUGAGAGCGGCUUUGCUUCUCGCUCCGUCACUCAGGAGAGACCCAGUAAAAACCCGACCACACCCACGAGCACGCAGCCACCGGCGACGGCGGCUCCGCGCAGCUUCCUCUACACACACUACAAACCCCCGGUCCUCUCACCCACAAACCUGCUCGCCCCGCCCACGCCCCUCACACACACUCCAGACUCUGUGGAGAGGAAUGAAGGAGGAGCGCGCUCCACCACGCCCUCGUCCUCCUCCUUCUCCUCCUCCUCCACCACUCACAGACUGCACUCACGGCCUUCUUUUAACUCCCACAAGCUGAUCCAGUGUGACACUCUGGCGAGGAAGAAGCUUAAGUCAGAGAAGGCCAAGGCUCGCUCUCUGGACCUGCUGGAGCUGUCUGAGACCACAGCGCACCGCGACGGGCCGUGCUCCGGCUCAGAAGACGCACCCAGAGUGAGGCGAGACACUUCCAGAACCAACCCUUCCUCAGGCAGCAGUCAGGAGAGCCUCCGCCUGGCCCGGCUCAAUCCUUCCUUGCCACCCAGUGAGGCCUCUUCCUUCACUCCGACCGGUCCAGGAGGCAGAUCUCUGGCCGAGCAGGUCCGCGCUCGUCUACUCGGCUCGGCAGACGACCUGCGCAGCGUGGGGCUGCGGAAACCUCUGUCACCUGAGACGCGAAGGAAGAGGCGGGCCUGGCGUAGACACACCGUGGUGGCCUCCCCGACCGAGACGUCCGACAAGAAACCCCCAAUGAUUGUCAACGAUUUCCCUUUGUCUCCUAUCAGUCAGAACCAGGUGAAAACACAAGGGCUGCCCCGGGAUGCGGACGCUCUCGAACAUGGACCAGCCGUGCGCCAGGUACCCACAUCGAGAUUCCACCAGUAUCUGUGAUUCCUGUCAGCUGACCCCAGGCCUCUUGUUCCAGCAGAGCUGCUGACUCCCUGCAGGUCAUUAAACCAGCAGCAGUGUAAACAGAGAGUUGUGGUUAGUUGCCAGGAGCAACUCAGCGUACCAAUGAGCAGCCCACCUUUCUCUUUUUGAUAAGCUCCGUUUGCAUGGCGAGGGGCAUUCCAUUGUUGCCAAAGCUUUUCUUUUUCCGUUUUUUUUUCCUAUACGUGUGCUUUUAUAGAAAUAAUACAGGACAGAGACACAAACAGACCUCAUCACACUCAAUGUUACAGCCAAGAAAUGAUCUACUGAGUAAUAACUGAGCAUCCUUCCUGUCGUCGUCGUCUCUCUCUCUCUCUCUCUCUCUCUCCUCUCUCUCUCUCUCUCUCUCUC